CAGCCGAGCCGCUAGAGAAGCGGUCGACGUGAAGCGCGUGAGCCCCGUACUGACACGGGAGGCGGCGCCGGCGCGGGAUGCGCCGCCAUGCCGGUACGACAUCGCGAACUCGGCGACGAGCUCGCACCCCCGGAGCCCAAACGCUGCAGACACUGCGACGAAAGCCGUUCGUCGUGCGGUGGAAGCGGAGGGUCGGAGGGCUCUGAGGGCCGCGCGUCUUGGCGCGUGACAUUGGACCACGAUUUGGUAGAGACUUUGAGUGCUAUAUAUCCUGAGUGGUUCAAGCAGCCUCGACGCGAGCGAAGUCGCGUGCCUUCGCCCUCCCAGUCGCCCGCCUCGCCUCAGACUCCCUCGACACCUACGGAAGACGACACCUUCAGUUCGGGUGCGGAGGAGAUGGCCGGCCGUCAAGCGAGCGUUAGCGGCGCGAGCGAGCCGGCGAGCUCGCCGCCGCGCGUCUCCCCGCCCAAGGUGGUCGUGGACGACAGCCCGCUGCAGCCGGCCAUGGGCAAGCACAAGGAAUCGUUAAAAGUGAAGCUGAUGACGCGGCGUCCGGUCCACCAACUAGUGGACCAGGGGAUCAUGCCACCGUUGAAAACGCCGCCAGCUUAUUUUAAACAAAGAAUGCAAUUAGAGAGAGCGAAAACGGGAGAUUUGCUUAAAGCAAAAAUCCAAAGUCGCCCAGAUCGACAAGAAUUGGAGAGGAGACAUAUAUUAGAGCAGGAAAGCCAUGUAGAUCCAAGUCUAGCGGAGAAACAACGAAUGCUAAAGAAAGCGCGAUUGGCUGAUCAGUUAAAUGAUCAACUGUCACAUCGACCCGGACCUCUGGAACUGAUAAAAAAGAAUAUAUUGCAUACAGAAGAAAACAUCGAAACGGCUGUUAAAAGCGGAGUCUUAGCUUUCAAGGCGACAAGUGAGGGUUCCUCUGGCCGUCCUCAGCAUCCAUCGUCAUACUGCGGUCCCACGGAAGAAGUUUCACCGUCGCCAUCGCCACCUUCCACUCUCUCGCCAGUCAGUAGUACAUCCUCCUCGCAACAUCCCGCGCCCGGUAAAGACCCAACGAAACGUAAGAAGACAAAACAGAACAAGCAAUUAAAAUCGCGAUUCAAAUUUCACGAGUACAAAGGUCCUCCGAACGCUCAAAAGGCAUCGUCGCCUCCGGGGUCAGUAGAGACACCGUACAACUUGCUCCUUCAGCAGCAAGCACUGCUACUUCAGUUGAUGCGGCUCGCUUCGCCGGCGCCAUCGUCGGCCGCGUCCGUAGCCUCCGAUUCCUCAGACGCGAUGGCCACACCCCCUCCCCCGCCCUUACCCCCCGCCUCCUCCAUCCCCGCCAUAUCCUUGGCUCGAUUCGAAGACAUGAAGGUGUCCGAUCUCCGGGCAGAGUGUAAGAGGCGCAACCUCCGCGUCUCCGGCCCUAAGCCUCAGCUCAUCGACCGGCUGAGGCCGUAUUUCUUGGAGAUGCAAGAAGAGGUGCCGAAGUCGCCGAUGUCCGUCGCUUCGCCGGAAUCAAAGUCGGAGUCUGAACCCUCGGAGGACUUAGUACAGUCUCAGCGGCGAGUUAUAGAGGAACUAGAGCGUCGGCUCGAGGAGUCCAAGCAACAGCUCGAGGCUGUGAGACGCGAAGCCACCGGUGCUGCCGCUAGCGAUAAGAGUCGAAGGCUUAUUCAGGCGCACCUCAGUGUAUCGAAGCUACGCACGGAGCUCGACGCACACAAACAGCUCCCCGCCCCCCCUCCGCCGCCCCGGUACGUCAUUGCGGCCCCGGACACGGCUCCCGACCGGUUUCUCCGCUUAUUCACCGUCACACCGCCAUCGUCUACGGAUGAAGUCAACGCCGACGUUGCUUCCCCGAAGACUGGAAAUUCAGCAUAUAUACUGAAUGGAGUUAAGGUCGUCCCGAUCGCGAUUCUACCUACCACACACUACGAGCCCGAGCACGCCGUUCCUGUGCCUCCCCCGCCGCCACCGCCGCCCCCGCCGUUGCCGCCCAUAACACACGCUCCUAUCGAAACUUCUAUACACGAUAGUGCCGAAGAUAGCCAAAUUAUGGAUGAUGUUCUAGAAAUACUUGUAGAAAACGGAGAACUUCCACCUUCAGCAGUCGGAGACGUAGCACAGAAUAGAACGCUCGAUGCGAGCUAUCUCAGUUCGAAUGAAUUCACGCCGACCGAUGUACUCAGUGAUGACAUACUAGGAGAUACUCACGUCCGCGACUCGCUCGCCGCGGACGAGCUACAGAGAGAACUCAACGAUAUCGAGAACGAAAUUAUGAACCGAGCUGACUUAAAUUCCGUUCACAGUGGGUGCGACGUCGACCACACCGUUACACACAUAGAUCCCGAGUUAAACGUAGAUCUACUGGCAAAUAACGAAUUCAAUGCUAACUUCGGUAAUUCUAACUCCACGUCAGAUAACCACGACGAUUUCUUCGGUAGAUUGCUCGCAGGCGACGACGACACGCACGCUGCCAUGGACGUCGACGACGAGUCUGAGAGGAUCAGCAUGACCCUCACCAACGAAGACAUCUUAGACCACACGCGCACCGGCUUCGACGAUAUGAACGAUUUAUCACUUCCGUCUUUCCAAAACGACGACACUCGUAACAACUUCGACGAACGUCCUUGCGACUUCGACUUGAAGGACUUCGAGCUGAGCUCGAGCAUGAACGUGGACGGCGAGUACGAGUACGUGCACUCGGAGCUGAUCCCCAACCUGUUCGGGCGCGGCCACGUGCCGCAGUGCGACCCCGUGCUGGGCGCCGUGCUGGCGCGCCCCGCGCCGCGGCCCGCCUGCAAGCUGUACUCCUGGGACAGGAACGACUUCGAGGCCACCUGACCCGCGCUCGCCGCACGCUCGCACUGAGGUGGCGCUCUCUACCCUUACACGAUGUGAUCUCUCGGCGUCGUGAGACCCCCGCGAUGUCAGAUCUUAGUUAAUAAAAUUAGAGUAAUUAAAAAGCUACUGCGUAGCGUUUGAAAACAAGCUAGUCUCGUGCGGUGAAACGUUCUUCCAGGACGGUGACUUAGUGCGGAGUAGGCUAAAGUUAGGUUUAUUCUCACGGAACACAUAGUGUUUGCAGUGAGCGGAGGACUGGACAGAUGAAAUACGGUACUUAAAUAUACGAUUGUUUGUAUUGCUAGUGGUAUAAUUAGUUAAGUCAUUUGUGUUUUAUUUAUUAGUGAGUGUUAAGCGUCAGUCACCAACGUGUAAGUGACAUAUUCGGCUCACAUAUUUAUGAUAAAUCCAUUUAUUUACUGAGGCAUAUCUACUUAUGUAUAUAAUGAAAGUUUAAUAAUAAUACUCAACAUAGUUGUGGAUAUCUGCAUUCCGCCCGAUGACUAAAACUUAGGGGAAAAUUAUCAUAAGGGAUACUGUGUGUGCUUACGAGAUGGUUCAUCAUCAAAACCGUGUGAUGCUUCUUUUGUGACACAAUGAUGUAUUAUAUUUAAUGACUAUCUCUUUUGCAUGCCUUGCUUAUUUCCCAAAUUAGUAAAUGACAUUCCAGUCUUGUUGAAUUGCAUAUUAUAGUACACGAGGUUUCUCCGACAUUUAUUAAUGGAGACACAAAUUGAACAAGUCAUCGUGAACACUGAAAUGUGAGAGAUCAAAACGCAUAUUCACAAGCCAUCGUCAUGGGUGGGACCAGCUCGGGAACAAUAUUAGAUAUGAAUCAUUAGUUAAAGUAGGGAGCCAGCUCUACACAUACAAAAAAUUAUGCAUGCAUUCCUAUUUCAUUGUUUAUAAAUUGUACCUACAACUUCCACUUAUUGUUUAAGUUUAUAGACCCUUCAUAAGUUAUAGGGCGGUGUAAAUGACUCAAUAAAAAGCUGUUACUAAUUUGUUUAUUAUAUAUUUUAAUUUUAAAAAGAAUAUUUUAAAUAUUGUAUAAACGUAACAUUCUUGAAAAAGUAUCAUUCCAGUUUAUUUUCUAAAGCUUAGGAUAGGUGCACCUUUAUCGAUAAUUAUUUCGUAAACAAUGUUAGGAAUGUUUGCAUAAGGUUUUGUUUAUAAUUUAUUUGUAAACCCUUAGAGUACCAAUGUUUUUUUUUUUUUUUUUUCGAUAUCGUUCAAAUGCAUCAGUUAGUCUUGCGUGUUAGUAUUUUAUCAUACUGUGUUGUAUUUGCGAUCGUCGUAGCUUUGUAUAGAAGAUGAAAAGGUAAUUUAUAUGUGAAUCGGAAUUGUAUAUGCCAUUAUUUGCAUUUAUAUUUUUAAUAAAUAAAAACCAAUAACAACAACGAAUGUGGCUUUACUGCCUCAAUGUGCCAAUGCUUACAAGUUUAAAAUUUAAAAGAAAUAUUUUCCACGUAAGUAGUUUAUUUUUUAUAUCGAUAGGUUUCUUUCGCCAGUGGUGUGAUUGUCUGUUGGUGGUAAUAUGUGAUAGUACUUUAAAAAAUAAUAUAAUUCUAAAGUACGUUCACAUAUGGUAUGGUGCUAUACAUUUGUAAGUUAUUGUAUUUAAACAUAUGAGAUAUAUUUAAAAGUUGAUACGAUGUGCGCAGCCUAUAACCAGCUAACAAAACAAAUUUUUCAGAUUUAAAAUUGUAACGACAAAAAUCUUUCCAAAAAUAACAAGUAGGUAAAUUGAUUUUUUUUUUCGCUUUACUAAAAUUAAGUAAUAUUCCAUUAUCUAGGAGAAUUAAAUCUAACUUUACUAUAAAUAUUUAUAAAUUUAAUUGCUCAUCAAAAUUGUACCUAUCCACUUCAUAAAAUGUUAUUCAUUCAUGAAUAUUUGUAAGGAAGAUGUUUCAAACGCAAAAAUAUAAAACUUCCGUUAAUUAUGUUUUUGUUUAUGUAUUGUGGAGGGUUAGUUUAAAUUUGUAUUUAACAAGAAGAUAUUAAGUGAGAUUAAAGUUUUGAUACAUGUAUUUGUAUGUAAUCUAUCUGCAUAUUUGUUAUUGUUGUAAUUAUUGUAGGAGAGUUUUAACAUUUGUUUUCUAAUAGUUUAUAUUCCGAAGUGAUAUACAGUGCUGAAUUUGAAUAAUUUUAGCGGUUUAAAAUAGUUAUGUAUAGUGUAACUGGCUUCGUUAUAUUGCAUGUACUGCAUACUCUCAUGUAAUCAUUCUCAUUAAAACAUUAAGUACCAAUUAUUUAAACAAAACAACAUUAAUGACAGUAAUAGACCCAAUGUAAGUACCUAGUCAUACGAUAUGAUUAUCUUGUUUAGUGAUGUGUACAUUUUAACAGUUUUUUACCUUGCCGUAUAAUGAAGCCUUGUAAAUAAUUACCAAGCCUUUACUAGUAAUAAGGAAUUGUUGAAAAAAAGUUUUGACAUAAA